AUGGAAUCAGAAGUUCAUUCAGCUCAGCCUGGAGGGACAUCGUUCAUUGACUGGAUGAUGUCCAGACUUCUGAGGAAACGUGCGUUGUUUACUUUAGCAUUUUUGAUACGAAUAUUUUUGGUUGGCUUUGGAAUUUAUCAAGACAAAACAAUGGUUGUAAAAUACACAGAUAUCGACUAUCAUGUCUUCACAGAUGCCUCAAGAUUCAUUACAGAGGGUGCAUCACCCUAUCGCAGGGCUACGUACCGCUACACCCCUCUACUGGCGUGGAUUCUCACCCCCAACAUCUACCUGACGCCGGUUUUCGGGAAGCUUCUGUUUGUGACGUGCGACGUGAUGUCGGCCUACCUGAUGCACGGCGUCCUGCGGAGGCGGGGCUUGAGCUGCGAGGCGGCCUGCCGCUACUGCUCGCUGUGGCUGCUCAACCCGCUGCCCAUGGGCGUGUCGAGCCGGGGGAACGCCGAGUCCGUGCUGGCCGCGCUGGUCCUCGGCACGCUCAGCUGCGUGGAGGGGAGGCGCCUGCCGGCCGCGGCCGCCCUCUACGGCCUGUCGGUCCACAUGAAGAUCUACCCGGCGACGUACGCCCUCCCCAUCGCUCUGUCCCUGCAGACCCGGGAGGAGGCCGGCGCAAGCGGGGCGGGGGGCGGAGACAGGGGCAGCAUGGUGAGGCUCGUCCGCAGACUCCUCAACAGGGACCUGCUGCAGUUCGCGGCCGUGGCGGGAGGAGUGUUCUUUGGGCUCAACCUGCUGUUUUACCACAUGUAUGGCUGGGAAUUCCUGCAGGAGACAUACCUCUACCACCUGACAAGGCGUGACAUACGUCACAACUUCUCACCCUACUUCUACAUGCUGUACCUGACGGCGGAGAGCGAGUGGAGUCUGGCGCUGGGCCUAGCUGCCUUCCUGCCUCAGCUGGCCCUGCUUCUGAUCACCAGCCUGGCCUUCCACUCCGACCUGCCUCUCUGCUGCUUCCUGCAUACUGCCAUCUUCGUCAGCUUCAACAAAGUCUGCACCUCUCAGUACUUCCUAUGGUAUCUGUGCCUGCUGCCUCUCGUUCUGCCUCGUCUCUCGAUGUCACUCAGGCGUGGAGUGGGGCUGCUCCUGCUGUGGUUUGCCGGACAGGCAAUAUGGUUGGCACCAGCAUACUAUCUGGAAUUUGAAGGACAGGACACAUUUGUACUAAUUUGGCUGGCUGGCUUACUGUUCCUGGGAAUUAACUCAUUCAUACUGGUACAGAUCAUUUCCAAUUACAAAGGAACAGACAUCCAGCGGAAAGGGAAAUUGGACUAAUUUACAGAAAUAUGUAGCAUUUUCUGCUGAAGAGGUUUGGUAUGUGUGGUUUAAGAAUCAUAUGGACCUUGAUAUUGACACAAUACAGGCAUUUUUGCUUGGAAUGUA